AUGACGAUGAAGGUAGAACUGGAUAAUGCAAGUGAAUCAGCUAUGGAAGUGAGGCCUUUUACCCAGCCUUUGGAGGAAGACGCCUACAAGGAGAUACCUGUCAAGAAGAAAAGCUCAUGCUGCACCGGGCUGAAGGUCUUCCUUGCUGCCCUGUCCUUUACCUACUUCAGUAAGGCAUUUUCUGGGAGCACCAUGAAAAGUGCCUUCACGCAACUGGAAAGGAGAUUUGCCAUUUCAUCCUCUACAACUGGCUUCGUGGAUGGAGGCUUUGAAUUGGGCAAUUUGUUAGUGAUCGCAUUUGUGAGUUAUUACGGGGCAAAAUUUCAUCGGCCACGCAUCAUUGCUCUUGGUUGUUUUGUCAUGUCUCUGGGGAGCUUCUUAAUAGCCAUGCCUCACUUCUUCAUGGGCUAUUAUGAAUAUGAGUCAGUGUCCCGUUCAUCAUCAGACAACACAACAUUCGAUGUCUCUCCCUGCUCAAGAAAUCAAACUGUUAUGGAAUUACAAGGGAAUCCAGGUUCAGGUUGUGAAAAGGAAACGUCAUCCAAUGCAUGGAUUUAUGUCUUGCUGGGGAAUGUGUUACGUGGAAUUGGUGAAACGCCGAUAACCCCAUUGGGUAUUUCUUACCUUGAUGAUUUUUCAAAAGAAGAGAAUUCACCUUUAUAUAUAGGCAUUUUGCACACAAUUGCAAUGAUUGGCCCGAUGGCUGGCUUCCUCUUGGGGUCUCUGUUCGCCAAACUGUAUGUGGACAUUGGCUUUGUAGAUAUGGAUACAAUCAGUAUAACCCCGACUGAUUCCCGCUGGGUUGGCGCCUGGUGGCUCGGUUUUGUGAUAGCUGGUGUCAUCAACCUGAUUUCUGCCAUUCCCUUCUGGCUCCUGCCUAAAAGCCUGAAUGUGGAAGCUGAGCCCGAUCAUGUGCAAGAGCCCCCGGAUGCUGUGAAACUUAAUGGUGAUGGACCUCAGGUAUCCAGGUCUGAAACUCAGGAAGCUGGGAAAUGGACAGCAGGUUUGAAAGAUUUCUUUAAGUCCCUGAAAAGAGUCCUGGGUAACCGAAUGUACUCCGUAAUGUUGUGUUGUUCACUGCUGCAGUUCAGUAGCUUCAUCGGCUAUCUGACAUAUAAUCCGAAAUAUAUGGAGCAGCAGUAUGGUCAGUCAGCCUCCAAGUCUAACUUUAUAACAGGGUUGUUCAUCUUACCAGCUGUGAGCAUCGGUCUACUCCUAGGAGGGUUCAUCAUGAAAAAAUUCAAAUUGGGCAUGGUUGCUACUACAAAAUUGGCAUUCGGCGCAUCCAUCACCGCCUUCCUCAUUUCACUUUUGUAUUUGGUGAUGGGAUGCGAGAAUCGCAAAGUGGCUGGAUUAACAGUGUCCUAUGAGGGACCAACAGUCCCGUGGCAUGCCAGUUCCUUAUCUUCCUCCUGCAACUCUGACUGCAACUGUGCCGUGAACCAGUGGGAUCCUGUCUGUGGAGAGGACGGAAUCACUUAUGUGUCCGCCUGUUUUGCUGGAUGCAAAGACUUAACGGGAUCUAGGAAAAAUACCGUUUUUCAUAAUUGUAGCUGCCUUGAAAAUGUGGGUUUCAUGAGAAAUCUUUCAGCUGUUUUGGGAGAAUGUCCAAGAAGUGAAGAAUGCUCAAGGAAGUUUAUAUAUUUCACAGGAACAAAAGUAAUAAGUUCCUUUUUUUAUGCGUUGGGAGGGACUCCUUUUUACAUGAUCGUGAUAAGAUGUGUUGAUAAAGACCUGAAAUCCCUUGCAGUUGGCCUCUUUAUGCUUGUUAUGAGAGGUCUGGCUGGAAUUCCAGCCCCAGCUUAUUUUGGUGCAGUGAUAGACAGGACCUGCUUGAAGUGGGCAAGAACCGGUUGCGGGAGGCAAGGGGCAUGCAGGCUGUAUGAUUCUACAGCAUUCAGAUAUGCUUUUUGGGCCCUUGUGUUUGGCUUAAGAGCACCAUCCUAUCUGCUGGGAGUGUUGUUUUACGGGCUUGUAAAGAAACACUUUGGUAGAAAAGAUGUCGAAGCCGCUGAAAGCCAAAGGAAAGAACGUGGCUCCUUGAAUGAAAUCACAAAGCCGCUCGAUGCUGAUUCUGUGGUAGCUCCUUCAGAGGCAGACAAUGAGACUUCCAUGUAG